UGUAUCCUCUGGGAAUUUCUCAGGUUUUCCUUACCCUCUAAAGCACAGCCCUUAUAAGGGCCUUUAGCUCCCCCUCCCCCAUCCCUUCUAUCUGCUUAGUGCCAUUUGAAUUCACCCCAGUGGCUUCCACUUUGAUUCCGGGACUUUGAAAUGCAAACCUGCCUUUCAAUGCAAAUGCUCCGAGAGGUUGGCCCAAUAAUAAAAAAAGGCCUUUCCUCAGGGAGGUGCCUUUGCGAAGUUGGGAAGGAAAAAAAAAACAAAAAACAAACCUGAGCAAGUAGUUCAGGUGAACUGUUAAUCAGGAAGAGGCUGGGAGUUCUCGGCAAAGGCAAGCUGGGGAAGACACUGCUGCGGCGCCAGGCACAUUAUGCACGCUGAGCUACUUGGGGAUGAUGUAUGUGAGUUAUCUGUUGGAUAAGGACACCAACAUGUACCCCAACCCGGUCAGGCACUCGGGCCUGAACCUCAGCCCCCCAAAUUAUGUGCCUGUGCCCCCUCAGUACUCGGAUUUUGCCAGCUACCACCACAUGCCCGGGAUUAACAGCGAUCCUCACCAGGGGCAGCCUGCAGGUACCUGGGGCUCUCCGUACCCGCCUACUAAAGAGGACUGGCACUCCUACGGUGCAGGAGCCCCUUCUUCUGUCGCCAGCCCGGGGCAGCUAGGAUACAGCCCCCCGGAUUUCAAUCCAAUUCCGCCACCUGGCUCUGGACUGCUGCCUCCGCCCAUGAGCGCCCCAGUCCCCCAGCUCUCCCCAAACGCGCAAAGGCGCACGCCUUAUGAGUGGAUGAGGCGCCACGUUCCCACUAGCAGCAACAGUGGUAAGGACUUGUCUCUCUUUCUGUCCUUCGUCUCUGGCUUCGGGGAGGGGUCUCUUUUACGCCGGGAGAUGAGCAGCCUCUGUGGUCUGGCGACUUUUUCCUUAGCAUCCCUGCAGGGUUGAGCUGGCUACUUUAUAACAUUUACUCUUCAUUAUCUUUUCCCAUCAACUUGUAGACACAAGAAUUUGUGGUCAAAUGACAUUUUAACACAAAAAGGCAGGGAUACUUGCAAGAUUGGCUACAGAUCCAGGAGCGUUCAGAGGUGGCUUCUUUACACAGAAGGAAAUUCCACUUGUGCAAUAUUUGCCAGCUGUACGCAAUAUGUCACAUGUAACCCAUGGAGUUAUACAUGGACGCUCUUCAAUUAAUGAAUCCAUGAUUUGGAAAGGGCCAGGUCAUCUCUUUCUCAAGCAAAGCAUUCCUGGUUCAGUCCAUGGCUCAAAUGAUAGUAGCUGUUGGGAAAGCUGGGGCUGCUGCCCAGAAUAGCCUUGAUCCUUAGGAAUAGAGAUAGCCUGAUUCUAGUCAGCUUGACUGGGCAAUAAUGGACCAGAUAUCUUCCCAUACUGUGAUUGGCUAUGGCCUCCCCAGUUGAUGACCACACCGGGAGAGAAUUUGGAACAACUGAACCUCAUUAUAGUCAGUAGAAUAUAAGUUUGCAUAAUUGUUCACAUAUCAUUUUGUCAAAGUUGGAGUCACAAUGUAGGGGUAGAUAGGGUAAAGCUACAGAACUACAUUCAAAGGGGAAUUACAAGGAAAUAGGGUGACAGUGAUAUAUAAAAAUAAACGUAAAAUGGCAUAUGGGUUGAGCUUCUUUUUGUCUGUGUAUGUGUGUGUCUGUAUAUUUCCCUAAUCUACAUUGAAAGGAAUGAUUAGAACUUCCCAAGAACUACCUUUUACUUAAGUCUUUUCCAGUAUCGUUGUCAAAUACUUCACCCAGAUUCUGGCACUGAGUCACAAGUUAAUUUUUCUCUCAUCAAGUAAAACUGUAGUAAGCUGUAUUAUUCUCAGUCUAGCUUACUGAAACUCUCUACAGAGAAAGAUAAUUGAUACAGGAAAAAAAAUAUCCAAUAUUGAUUGUGAAGGCUCUGGAGAAGACAGUUUUGGGAAGGCUUCUUAUCGUCUGUAAGUGGGUGUGUGGUUUAGCAGUGCCAUCUCAAAUCAGUGAGGUAGAGAUCACAAUAAAAAUCAUUUGUCUUUUUGUUAAGUUAUGGGAACAUCUGAAAGGUCACUGUGCAUAACUGCCUGUUUGAUUUUUGUGUUCACUAAAGUACAGCUGUCUUUCUUUGGUUUCUCCAUUGCACACUUUGUCUUUGUAUUCUG